UAUCUCACCAUAAUCAUACUUCGUAUCUGAAUUAUUAGUGAACUUAUCCACGUUUUACAGUAAACGUACUGAGAUCGUUUCAUCAUGGCCCUGACUUCUCAACACUUGGAGGGGAUAGUGGAGAUGUUGUUGAAAGGUGAGGGACUCGAGGUCACACAGUUUCAUUCACUCCCUGAGCAAGUGGAGGCAGUUUCACGGAGAAACGUGUGUCUGGCAGUAUGUGCGGUAAUCUUCAACUCAAAGGGGGAGGUACUGAUGAUACAGGAGACCAAGAGAGAGUGUUAUGGCUCUUGGUACCUCCCUGCAGGUCGUAUUGAAGAGGGUGAAACCAUUGUAGAAGCCCUACAGAGAGAAGUCAAAGAGGAGGCAGGUAUCGACUGUCAGCCAAUCACAUUGCUGCAGAUUCAAGAAGAAGGGCCGAAGUGGAUUCGGUUCACUUUUCUCGCUGAGAAAACAGGGGGCUCCCUGAAGUCGCUGAAACAAAAAAAUGCAGAAUCACUGCAAGCUCAUUGGUGGGAUUUCGCCGGUGGUGACAUACCUUCAACUCUGCGUAAAGACGACAUUGUGAGCCUUAUUGACGCUGGGAUAAAAUAUCGGCAAAAUCCCCCGUUCCCUGCAUUACAACCUGUCAAUUUACCCUGUGAUGUCGUCUGUCAAAGGAUUCUUCUCACAUUCAUCUCUAGCGAUGGUAACACCGAAGACGGUGAUGAGGACCGCUUAUGGCUGUUGCUGAGCAACAUGAAGGAUAAUCAUGCCGGUUCGCAUCUCCAACUUCCUGUUGCAGUCUCAGUCCUGGAACAAACGAUCACAUUCACGGCAAAAAGACUGGUUCAAGAAUGCAUGCCCUUAAUUUACAACCAGCUUAAUGUGAACACAUGUGGGAUUUUGGGGGUGCAGCACAAUGGGAAACUCCCAAGCAAAGCAGAUGGGGUCUGUUUUAACAUGCUUGUGUUAUUGGAGUAUGCAGAGGAAGAGGAGGGAACCGAUAUUAGUAGUCCACCGAAAUCAGAGAGCGAUUGUUACAUAUGGCAUGAAGUGACCAAUCACAGCCUGAGGGCAGAAAUACUUCAGAGAAUUAGGGAAGGGUCAGUCCUGCCUGUUCACAAUUAGAACCAAUACUAAUUUAGCCUUCAAGAGGAUGUGUGUGUGGCUUUCUUCCACAAACAAAUAUUUUAGAAUAUUUCAGCUCUGUACUCACAAUGCAAGUGAAUGGGUGCCAAAAGCACAUAAAUCAGCAUGAAAGUAAUCCAUAAGACUCCAGUGGUUUAAUUCAUGUCUUCAGAAGUAAUAUGAUAGGUGUGGGUGAGAAUCAGAUCAAUAUUUAAUUAUUUAAUACUUUUACUAUAAAUCUCCACUUUCACAUUCUUGUGUUUUUGGCGAUUUGCAUUCUUCGUGCAACUGGGCAGGAAGGAGAAUUUAUAAUAAAAAAGGAUUUAAAUACUGAUCUGUUUCUCACCCACACCUAUCACAUUGCUUUCCAUUCUCUUGUUGAAGGGAGAGUAAAUGAUGAGAGAAUUGUCAUUUUUAGGUGAACUAUUCCUUAAAUCAUAUUAAAGCCAGGAUUUUGUUACAUCUGGCCAAAAUUGUGUUAGCUUUACUAUGAAUAAGUUUUUCCAAAGCAUGGAAACAUGUAGCCAAUAUGUACUGAAUCUGUUUCUCUGAAGCACAUGAAAUGAAAUGUGCAUCUUUCUGAAGAAUUAGAGACAAUAGCACAGAAAUCUUUAAAGAAAUUACGUCAAUAAACUUUCAUGGUGCUGUGAGUCACACUUUUUGCUCUUUAUACUGUAUCAUCAGUGUUGGGUAGAUUACUUUUGAAAUGUAAUAUGGUACAAAUUACACAACACAUUUUUUUUAUAAAAUGUUUUUAGGUAAUCUAAUUUGAUUGCUUUGGAAUAACUAUAGCAUGUUCUGAUGAAAACCUAAUUUUAAGUGUAUCAAGUACCAAUUAUCACUUCUUCCGGAGUCCAUUUGAAAGUAAACCAUAAAGUAAAAUAUUUUUUUAUAAUCGGAUUAUGUAAUCCAGAUUACACAUAGUCAAUUACUAUCAAACACUGUGUAUCAUUUACAUUAUUGUACCUCAGUAUGUGGUUUAACUAUGUGGUUUUUAUAAUACAGUGCUUGCAAUGAUGUCAUUAAAACUUGGUCUUUUCUUUCUUUCAUGGUUAUGUAACAAUUUUUUGCUGGAUUAAACUGCAAAC